GGCGACGCUGCGGAAGCUGAAGCCCGAGAGCAUGUUCCAGACGUGGGAGGACGACAUAGACGGGAUCCACAUCGUGGCCUUCGCCGAGGAGGACGACCCGGACGGGUUCGAGUUCCUGGAGAUCCUCAAGGACGUGGCCCAGGACAACACGGACAACCCCGACCUCAGCAUCAUCUGGAUCGACCCCGAGGACUUCCCGCUGCUCGUCCCCUACUGGGAGAAAACCUUCAACAUCGACCUGUCCCGGCCCCAGAUCGGGGUGGUCAACGUCACCGACGCCGACAGCGUGUGGCUGGAGAUGACGGACGAGGACGACCUGCCCAGCACGGCCGAGCUGGAGGAGUGGAUCGAGGACGUGCUGGAGGGCGAGAUCAACACCGAGGACGACGACGACGACGACGAUGACGACGACGACGAUGACGAUGACUAGGCCCAGGGCCGGGCUGGGCUGCGGCCCCCUCCCGUGUCCCCAA